GGACGUGCGUAAAUGGUGAUCGGGCGGUUGUAAGACCUUGGGCAGUUGGUGUUUGCGACAAUUAUUUGAUCUCCCAGGGGUUCUUCAAAACCCAGAAUGUCUGCCAGGAACCUAAGUGAUUCAAGUGAUGACCCUGAUGAUCCAGGCGACUUUGGCGGUAGAAUAUCAUCUGGUGCACGGAGAAGGAAGCAGUACACACAAGACUCUUUGGACAAGAUGGGUUCCUCUUCUCCACAUAUUGAACUUCCACGAUUCAAAAAGAAAAGAAAUCUAUCAAAUGACGAGAGCUCAGACAAAAUGGACGAUCCUGACAGUCUAUGGCCUGCCAGCUUUCCUGGCAAACAAGCCAUGAAGCGUGAUCGCUCCCCGGAAUCAGAGGGCAAAAGCACUUCAUCCUCAUCUCACCAUAGCCUUCCACCCACCAAAAAGAAGAAAGCUGCUGCUUAUAGCUCUGUAGCUGAGAAAAUGAUGGCGGGAAUGGGCUUCAAGAAGGGCACAGGUCUGGGCAAGGAGGGCCAGGGUAUCGUGGACCCUGUGGAGCUGUCGACGCAGCGCGGCCGGCGCGGUCUCGGGCUCCGCCUGCCCGGCCUGGAGCCGGCCUUCGACCUCGACUGGGACCCCAGCCAGGAGAUCGUGGAGGUAGAGGAGUCUUUCUCGUGGAUCCCCAGCUAUGAUAAGAAGAUUCCGUCUCUCGAAAAGAUGAUGUCGUGGGUGGAAACUGGGCCGAAGAAGAAAGAAAUCGAAGGAGAGACACACUUCUGCGACUCCAAGAUCCUCGCUGACGUUCUGAAUUGCAAAAGCGUGUUUGACCAGCUGCAGCCGGUGGAGAUGCGCCGGGCCCGCAGUCGCAGCAACCCGUUCGAGUCCAUCAAGGGCGUGUUCUUCCUGAACCGGGCCGCGAUGAAGAUGGCCAACAUGGACGCCCGGUUCGAUUUCAUGUUCACCGACCCGAAAGCGCAGGACGGCCGCCCGCAGCUGGGCGAGUUCGACCUGCUGUUCUUCGCGGACGUGUGCGCCGGCCCGGGCGGCUUCUCCGAGUACGUGCUGUGGAAGAAGAAGUGGCAGGCCAAGGGGUUCGGUUUCACGCUGCGCGGCGAGAACGACUUCAAGCUGCAUGACUUCCACGCCGGCCCCGUGGAGACGUUCGAGCCGCACUAUGGCGACGGCGGCCUGCAGGGAGACGGUGACGUGUUCCGCCGGAAGAACCAGCAGGCUUUCCGCAACUUCGUGAUGAAGCAGACAGACGACAAGGGCGUGCACUUCAUGAUGGCGGACGGCGGGUUUUCGGUCGAUGGCCAAGAAAACAUUCAGGAGAUUCUUUCAAAGCAGCUCUACCUGUGCCAGUUUCUCACCGCCCUGAACAUAGUUCGCACUGACGGCCACUUCGUCUGCAAGCUGUUCGAUCUCUUCACGCCGUUCAGUGUCGGCCUCGUGUACCUGAUGUACAUGGCCUUCAAGGAGGUGUGCAUCAUCAAGCCCAACACCAGCCGGCCGGCUAACUCGGAGAGGUACAUCGUGUGCAGGUGGCGGCGGCCGGACGCCGACGCAGUCCGCGACUACAUGGACGAGGUCAACCAGCGGCUGGAAGAGUUCGGCUCGUUCUCCGAGCAGGACGUCAUGCACGUGGUGCCGCUGGAGGUGCUCAAGGCGGACCGCGUGUUCAACGACUACAUCAACCGCUCCAACAACGACCUGGGCCAGCGGCAGAUCGUCAGCCUCACCAAGAUCCGCACCUUCUACCGGGACGUGCAGCUGCGCGAGGACCGGCAGCAGGAGCUGCGCGCGCAGUGCCUGGCCGCUUGGGCCGUGCCCGACAUGGCACGCACGUCGCGGCCGGCGGCCGGCCGGCCGGAGGCGGCGCUCCGCCGGCUGACGGCCGACGCCGAGCUGGAGGCACUGGCGGCGCCGGCGGCGCGGCUCCAGCCGGAUACGCUGCCGACGCUGGUGCGCUCGCAGUACGACUGGCUGGCCGUGGUGAUGGGCGUCGAGCCGGAGAGCCGGCGCGAACGCUGCCUCGUGCUCGGACUGGGUCGGAAGAACGUGUGGCGACGGGGCCUGGGUGAGGCGCAGUGGUCGAAGCUGGACGGGCUGGAGCUGCCGGCCGACACGCUGGUGCUGGCCGAGCUGGUGCCGGAGCUGCGCGGCCGGCUGGCGCAGCCGCUGGCGCAGCGGCGCGGCGCCGCGCUCCACCUGCUCGACGCCGUGAUGCUGGGCGGCCGCGACGUGCGCCGCCAGCCGCUGCGCCGCCGCCUCGCCGCCUGCGCCGCCUUCGCCGCCGCCGUCAACAAGCCCAGCCGCACCGAGAUGACGCCCGUCCGCUGCAAGCGCGCCUACCGCAUGGACGAGGUGGAGGCGCUGCUGGACAGUCUGCAGCGGCAUCCCGUCAAGGGCUCGCACCACCACGACCGGCUGGUGCACGUGGUGGAGGAGGACGACAACGAGGUCUCGUUCUUCGUGCCUACCGGGCUCAUGCUGCUCAGGUCCACGCGAGAGCCGUGGAUGAUGUCCUUCAGCCGCACGCAGAAGCGCCUGUACUGGUUCGACCGGCAGCACAACACCAGCUCGUACGAGUGCCCGGAGGCGGCCGUGGCCGAGUUCCGGCACGCGGCGCGCACGCGGCUCUUCUGCUGA